AAAAGCCACAAUCCCUCUGUCCCUCCAUAAACACGUUCGCCGUUGCAGAAAAAGCAAAAUCAAAGUAACUUCCGCAAACCUAGAGCCAGUGGAUGGAACUUUCAUGAGAUCCAAACCGUCCAUCAGGUACGCUGCCUCAUUUUUAACUGUAGAACCACAAAAAUCAUCAGGUAGGCCAGACCGUAGGAAGCAUUAUUUCUUGUGAUGAGCCACCUCGACCCUGAAUCUACAGUCACCCACCGCCUUUGUUAUCUUCCCCGAUCAGAAUCGUAUGCAGACCGAAAUGCUGAUCGCUGGCCGUUGAUUACGUAAACCUAGCAACCAAAUGAGCUUACUUGCUGUGAGCAUCGCCAAAACCCUAAUUAAGAGGAUUAGAUAUUUUUCCCCAAAUCCAUCUCUCCAAGUCUCCAGAUCUGGUUUUCUCCAGGGCUUUUACUGUAAUUCCUUCAAAAACCUCUCUCUUUCUCAGUGUUAGAAAUGCAGGCUUCCGGAAGCUCUUCCCUUCCACAGCCGGAGGUGAUCUUGGAAUGGCUCCAGAAGGAGAUGGGAUAUCGCCCGCAAGGCGGUCCUUACAUCUCAUCGAGCAAGUCGCUGCCGUCCGUUGAAUCUCUCCGCAAGAUCUGCCGUGGAAACAUGCUCCCUGUCUGGAAUUUCUUACUACAGAGGGUUAAGUCGGAGAAGACUGUGGAGAAGAUCCGCCGCAAUAUCCUUGUCCAUGGUAGCAGUGGCAGUGGUGACGUCAUUGUCUCGGCGGGUGCUGAGGAUGGAAGGAGCAAGGGGAGGAGGAAGGAUAGGGGUAAGGUGAAAUCAGGGUUUGAGAAAGGGCUGGUGGGGCCUGAAGAUUCGGCGGAGAGCAGGGAGAAUGCUCUGCGGGAGAGGGACGCGGCGGAGAGAGAGGUGGAGAGGCUGAAGCACAUUGUCCGGAGGCAGAGAAAGGAUUUGAGGGCAAAGAUGCUGGAGGUUUCAAGGGAAGAAGCCGAGAGGAAGAGGAAGCUGGACGAGAAGUCUAAUUACAGGCACAAGCAGGCAAUGCUGGAGGCAUAUGAUCAACAAUGUGAUGAAGCAGCCAAAAUAUUUGCAGAGUACCAAAAGCGCCUUCAUUAUUAUGUUAAUCAAGCAAGGGAUGCUCAGAGGUCCAAUGUUGGCACUGCUGCUGAUGCAGCUGAUGAUUUUCAUGUAAACAGUGAAAAAGAAGCUGUUUAUUCAACUGUUAAGGGAAACAGGUCCUCAGAUGAUGUCAUCCUCAUAGAAACCACUCGAGAAAGAAAUAUUCGGAAGGCAUGUGAAACUCUUGCAGCGCAUAUGGUUGAGAAAAUACGCAAUGCUUUCCCGGCUUAUGAAGGAACUAGUAUUCACAUGAGUCCCCAGCUAGAGGCUGCCAAAUUAGGCAUUGAUUUUGAUGGGGAAAUACCUGAUGAUGUUAAGGUUGUUGCCAUAAAUGCCCUCAGAAAUCCACCUCUAUUGCUUCAGGCUGUUACUGCAUACACGUUGCGGAUGAAAACAUUGAUUCAUAGAGAAACAGAGAAGAUUGACAUUAGAGCUGAUGCUGAACUUUUAAGAUACAAGUAUGAGAAUAACAGAGUCACGGAUGCUGCUUCUCCCGACAUGAGCUCAAAUUUACAAGAUCAGGUGUACGGAAAUGGGAAGAUAGGGAUUGACGUCUCCACCAAAGGAACUCAUAAUCAGCUUCUUGAAAGACAGAAAGCGCAUGUCCAGCAGUUUGUGGCCACUGAAGAUGCACUCAACAAGGCUGCAGAGGCUAGGAACUUAAGUCAAAAGCUCAUAAAACGCCUUCACGGAAGCAGUGACGGGGUUUCAUCUCACUCACUUCCUGCUGGAGGCACCUCACAAAAUUUGGGCAGCCUCAGGCAUUUUGAGUUGGAUGUCUGGGCUAAGGAAAGAGAAGCUGCUGGAUUGAAGGCGAGCCUGAAUACUUUGACAUCUGAGGUACAGCGCUUGAAUAAACUCUGUGCAGAGUGGAAAGAAGCAGAAGAUUCCUUAAGAAAGAAGUGGAAAAAAAUUGAACAGUUUGAUGCCCGUAGAUCAGAACUGGAAGCCAUCUAUACUGCUUUGCUUCGGGCUAACAUGGAUGCAUCUGCAUUCUGGGAUCAGCAGCCAUUAGCUGCACGAGAAUAUGCGUCAAGCACGAUAAUCCCAGCAUGUGUGGUCGUUGUGGACAUGUCAACCAAUGCAAAGGAUCUCAUAGAGAAAGAGCUGUCUGCUUUCUCUCGAAGUCCAGAUAAUAGGCUUUACAUGUUGCCAUCAACUCCACAGGCUCUCUUGGAGUCCAUGGGUGCUAAUGGAUUUACAGGACCGGAAGCAAUUGCAGCUGCGGAAAAGAAUGCUGCUUUAUUGACUGCGAGAGCUGGUGCUAGAGAUCCAUCAUCAAUUCCAUCUAUAUGUCGCGUUUCUGCUGCCCUUCAAUAUCAUGAUGGUUUGGAAGGUUCAGAUGCUGGGCUAGCAUCGGUGUUAGAAUCUCUGGAAUUCUGUUUGAAGCUUCGGGGUUCUGAGGUUAGUGUGUUGGAGGACUUGUCGAAGGCAAUCAAUCUGGUUCAUAGUCGGCAGGAUCUUGUUGAAAGUGGUCAUGCAUUAUUGAACCAUGCAUAUCGCAUGCAGCAAGAUUACGAGAGGACUACUAGUUACUGUUUGAAGUUGGCUGCUGAACAAGAAAAAAUAGUUACAGAAAAAUGGUUGCCUGAGCUUAGAAGUGCAGUUUUGAAUGCUCAAAGAUGCUUGGAAGACUGCAAACGAGUUAGAGGCUUGGUUGACGAGUGGUGGGAGCAGCCGGCUGCGACGGCUGUUGACUGGGUAACGGUGGACGGUCAAAAUGUCGCUGCUUGGCUGAAUCAUGUAAAGCAGCUUCAAAUGACCUUUUACGACAAGGAGCUUCUGUGAAGACUUCAGCAGGACUGUCACAAGCGCAUCAGGUUGUUCUAGCGUUUCUGGCUCGUAUUAUCCGUCGCUGAUGUGGUGGGUUAAAGUCCGACCAAUUUCUUUAUGGAAUGUGCCUGGCAUAGCUCCAAUACCUGCGGCAAUGGAUGGGGGAUUGGGUUUCUCUCGGCUGCUGUUUUUGGUGGAACAAGGUAUCCUCAUUCAGGGAGGUUUCCUAAUUUGUAUGAAUCGGUUGUGCCAUAUGGGAUCAUUUGUAACAUAUGCCAUUUGUUGUUAUUCCUUGGGUCAUUUUUUCUUCUUCUUGAGUUGUAGGGAAGGGGUGUUCUUUUUAUAGCCAUGUUUCAAAGCUAGAGAGAGGUUGUCCAUGAUCGGUAUCAAUCAACUUGUUGAAAUGUCUUUUGUAUUGGGGAUUUAAUGGUCUUGUUUCAUUAAAAAUAGAAAAGAAGCUUGCAUGAUUGUGCACUGCACCUGUAUUA